AUGGAAGAAGAAUUCUUCGCUUUACACAAGCAGGGCACCUGGGAACUUGUUGCACCGCCAGCAGAUGCAUCCAUAAUUGGAUCAAAAUGGACGUACCGAACAAAAUUCAAUUCGGAUGGCUCCAUUGCAAGAUUCAAAGCUAGGCUCGUGGCUCAAGGAAACCAACAAGAAUACGGCUUAAACUAUCGAGAUACUUUUAGUCCGGUAGCUAAGCUACCAACUAUUCGAAUUUUAUUUACAAUCGCAUUGUUCUUCAAAUGGUCUGUUCACCAAUUAGAUGUCGCCAAUGCGUUUUUACAUGAGGAGAUCAACGAAAUUGUAUACAUGAAACAGCCCAAAGGGUUUGAAGACUCUGCCUAUCCGAAUCACGUCUACCGACUCCGCAAGGCCAUCUAUGGGUUAAGGCAAGCGCCACGGCAGUGGUACACUACAUUUACGUCGUAUCUCCUCAAGCUCGGCUUCACUCACAGUCAAGCAGAUCCCUCACUGCUUCUUCUACAUCGAGACAGGAUUCAAAUCUACCUGUUAGUUUAUGUUGACGAUAUUCUGCUCACGGGUAAUGACACGAAAACUAUGACAGCUCUCGUAAAUCAGCUCAAAUCUCAAUUUACUAUGAAGGAUCUCGGAACAGCUCAUCAAUUUCUUGGACUCCGAAUCGAUACUCAUCCAGAUAAGUAUUUCAUGUCUCAAUCUGUUUAUGCUCAAUCUAUUAUAAACAUUGCCGAAUUGCAAAAAUGCAAUUCGGUGGCUAAUCCGUGUACAAAUAAAUUGCCAGUUAUCUCUUCUGACGCGGUACCCUGCUUCUCUCUACCGGUCUACCGUCAACUAAUUGGAUCUCUCCAAUACUUGACUUUAACGCGUCCUGAUAUCGCAUACGCAGUUAAUAUGCUCUCUCAGCACAUGCACAAACCGGAGAUUCAACACACAAUUCUGUUAAAGAAAUUGAUCAAAUACAUCAAAGGCACCAUCGCUUUCGGUCUACCAAUCACGCGUUCAACUCUUUUGCUUCGCACAUUUUCUGAUGCGGAUUGGGCCUCGGAUCCUCUCACUCGCAAGUCGACGUCCGGUUUCUGUACCUUUCUCGGCAACACAUUGGUGUCCUGGACUGUAAAGAAACAGCCAACGGUUUCAAGGUCAUCAACAGAGUCCGAAUACAGAGCGUUGGCUUCGGCAACGGCAGACACAAUCUGGAUUAAACGCCUUCUCGUCGAAUUCCGCAUCCCUCACGUUUCUCCAGUGGACAUAUUCUGUGAUAACACUAUUUCUGCUUUAUUGACUUUGAUUGGAUUUACUAGUUCGUACGAUUUCAUUGAUUUCACUGAUUGA